AUGCCAACAGAAUUUGAUGAUAAACUCGAAAGUUAUUUGGAUGCAUGCAAGUGCUCAAUGCACUACGCAAAGCUCUCUAAAUUUAUUGAUUCCCAUACACCUCUUAUAUACGAGUACAAGCCAGACGUCGUCAAUCCAGAAGAUCUCAAGUCUAGUUUCAAACAGGCGUUCAAUAGUGCGGCCAAAGCAAUCGCUUGGGUGAAAAUGUCAACUGAAAAGGCAAAACACUGGAGCACAAUACAUAGUAGCAGUAAUGCAAGUAGUGAAGCUGUUGUUGUUGAUACAGAGUUGUGCAAUGUUCCUACCAUUAUUGACACGUCUCUCUUGGACCCGCUAAAAGAAUACAUAAAAGACAAGAAAAAGGGACUGAAUCCAGCCAUUCCCAAUAUUCGUGACAUUCAUACUGUUGAUGGAUAUCAGCAAUAUCUUUUCAAGUAUUGUCUUGAGUUCAUAAAGCAAGAUAGAUUACUCAAAACCGUCAACGGACCUCUGCAGCUUGGUCUUUCCGGCAUCAUUAAUACCGUCUCGACAGACAAGACAAUCCCCAUCGAGGACUAUCUUGAUAAAAACAGAUUCGAGCAUUUGGCCAACAUCCUGAAGAAAGAUGAAAUGAGCAAAAAAUGCAUGGAUGAUCCUAUUGCAACUACAACAAAAUACGAAGGCGGUCGUAUUGUGGGAGCUCGUGUUUACAUACUUAAAAAAAAGCUAGAAAUGUUGGAAGAUGGCGAUGGCAAAGUAGUAUCCGAAGCAACAAGAAGCGAAAUGAUUGACGCCCUUGGCACUGUAUCAUCUGGUCGCAAAAUUGACAUGUUUCAAAUAACACAGUCCGAAGACGGGGAAGAAAGUUGUGUCGAGUUAGCAGCGAACGAGCAUAAGAAAGGAAAUGCCGAAUUUGAUAUCGUGAUCGAACAACAAGCCAAGAAUAUCGUCACAAAUGUUUGCAUCAUGUCGCAAUUAAGAAAACGGUUCGGUGUGGAUAUUGGCGCUAGAAGCAAUACGAAUCCUUUGAUCAUGGACGUUAUUAUUAUGGACGGAGGGAAAAAGUGCCUUCGCGCAUACUUGUAUAGUGUGGCUAAAACUCAAGAUGUAUUUGUGGCGUCCAAAGUAUCAAAUAAUUACGUCGUAUUGCCAACAACAUUAGCUGAGCUCGAUGAAUUCAUUAUACAAGGCAGCAUUUAUCUUUUACUAAACUACUCCAAAUACAGUAUCACAGCUGCAAACGAAAUUGUUGCUUCGACCGAUAAAAUAACGAAAAGAAGAUUUGAAGCUAUUAUGAAUGACCAAGUUGAUGCGGACAGUCCCAAGAUCUUUUUCUCAGAAAACAAAAAGCCAAAAGCAAGUUAG